CAGAGAUGAAUCGACAUCACUACUCGCUGUAUGUCCAUAAUUGCCGACUGGUCUUCCUGCUGAGGAGGGACUUCACUCAGGUGGACACCUUCAGACCUGCAGAGUUCCACUGGAAACUGGAGCAGAUAUGUGACAAGGAGUGGCAUUACUACGUCAUCAACGUUGAGUUCCCGGUGGUUACGCUCUACGUGGACGGAGUCACCUACGAUCCCUACCUGGUAACGGACGACUGGCCAAUCCACCCAUCGCAGAUCGAUGUGCAGCUCACAGUCGGUGCCUGCUGGCAAGGAGGGGAAGUCACCAAGCCGCGGUUCACGCAGUACUUUCGAGGAAGCCUCUCUGGACUCACCAUUCGACCGGGGAAGAUUGAGAGUCAGAAAGUCAUUUCCUGUCUGCAGGCCUGCAAAGAAGGAUUAGACAUUAACUCCCUGGAGAGCUUGGAUAAAAGUAUAAAGUUCCACUUCAACCCAGCUCAGUCCAUCCUGGUCAUGGAGGGAGAGGAUCUGGAGAACAUGAACACAGCUGUGAGGAAGGUUUCCUACAUAAACUCCCGCCAGUUCCCCACACCCGGCAUCCGCCACCUGCAGAUCUCCACUUCUGUCCAGUGUUUCGGUGAAGACACGUGCAUCACCAUCCCCAGCAUCGAGGCUGUGGUGAUGGUGCUGCAGCCCAGUGAGCCCAGGAUCACCAUCACCGGGGUGGAGAGACUCAGCCAGUCGGCCUCAGACUUCAGAACGGCGGGGGGGGUUCCUCUGUUCCAGGACCUCCACAUCGUCAGCACGGUCACCAGGGCAGACGCCGCCCCCCAUCACACAGCUCAUCAACCUGGUGUCCUGGAGGAAAUCAUUCACAACUUGGACUACUGUGACAUUCUUGUGUUGGGGGCGGAGCUAAACCCAAAGCAAGAAUCUCUUCAGCUGCAGCUAAGUGCGCUUCUGGGAAAGCAUCUCGACGCCACCAACUCCACAUCUGGCAUCUCCAUAUAUGGCGUGGACUCCAUGACGAACUACGAGCAGGUGAUCAGACAGGUGCAUUACUACCACCUGCAGCCUGGACAGCUAUCGGAGAGGAGGUUUCGCCUGACCUGCUCAGAGCUCAACGGACGCUACACCAGCAAUGAGUUCACCAUCGAGGUGAGCGUCUGGCACAGCUCUGACACAGAGGAACACAUCAGCCACAUGGUGGCGCCUCCUCAGUACAUGCAGGUGGUCCAUCAUCCAUCUAUGAUCAGCGACCUCUACCCCAACCAUGCCUCAGGCGUACCGAGUGCAGCCACUGUGGUGAUCGUCAUGUGCAUCGCCGCCCUGGUGGCGGUGGUGGUGCUGGGAAUAUACCGCAUCCAUGUAACCCACCAGCAGGAGGUGAGGCAGGCGGAGACGGCCAAAGAGGCAGACGCAAACUGGGACCACUCGGCUCUGACGAUCACUGUCAACCCCAUGGAGAACCUGGAAAACCGCAACACAGGGGAGGAGGAGGCCUGCGAGGAGGAGGAGGAAGAAGAGGAAGAGGAGGAGGAAGAUGAUGAGGAUGACGACGAGGAAGAGGUCACUAGCGAUGAGUCAGAUGACAGCGAGGAGGAAGUGGACGUCCAAUUACCCAGGAUUCAACGCUCGAGCGAGAAGCCCCAAAGAUGGGACAAAACAACAAUAUGCUAUUAAAAAACACACACAUUCCCACACACACACACACUACCCCCCCCCCCCCACCCCC